CAUUGAAUCUUUAGUCUACAAUAAGACAGUGCAGAAAAUAAUUGGUAAUCUCUCAUGGAUGGCACCAAUUAACAGAACAAAUAUCAAAUAUGUUGUGGCUUGGCAAGCGCCUGGAUAUAUGGACCAAUCAAAUAUUUUGCUGGCUGGUAAAGUGCAGUGUGAAGAAACUUCAGUUUUACUCGUCUUGGAACCAUCAUUCAUUUACAAAAUCAAGGUAACGGCUGUCUACCAGACAAAUGCAGGAACCAAUAAAUCGGUCCAAAGCAGUCCGUUGUAUGUAAACACAACCGUUUCAGGAAUAAUAAGCGAGAAGAAAGUGAUAACAAGGAAUAUCCGUCUCAAAGAAAAUGUUCCUGUCAGCAAUAUUAUAAACACAACGAAAAGUCCCAUCACAGGAAUCAUAUGCGCUGCCGUUUUCUUUGUGGUUCUCACGUUACUUGCAGUGGUUUACAGAAGAAGGAAAAACCUGAAGAACACAGAGAUCAGUAAAACGACCGUUGCCAAGAGCAACAGUUACAAAUCGAAUGUGACAGGUUGUAAAUCUGAUUAUGCUAAUGACUUUCAAGUGACCAACGAUGAAUGGGAGAUUGACACCAGACAGUUGAAGUUCAGCACACCAAUUGGUGAAGGAGCUUUUGGCAAAGUGGUCAUUGGAUACUACAGCCAAGAGAAGGUUGCCAUUAAACUGGUCAGAGGUAAAACUGUUGUAAAUGACUGA